AUGGGAGACCUUGAUUCUUUCUCUUUGUCAAGUCUUUUGUGUCAUGAGAAUGAAAGUUGUUUUCUCAAUGACAACAUGACUGAUCACAACAACAUCAAACAUGACCAAUCUUGUUUUGUUUUAGAAACUGAAGUUGAUGUUGAAUAUGUAGAGAGAUUGGUGGAGAGGGAGACCAGUAGCUUUGGAUACAGAUGCCAUGUUUCUUGUGAUGAUUGCUUGAUCACUAACCAUAGUUGGUUAAAGUUUGCUCGCUUGGAUGCCAUUGAAUGGAUCCUUAACACAAGAGCAUUCUACGGGUUCCGAUUUCACACGGCUUAUCUUUCUGUCACUUACUUCGACCGUUUUGUUUCGAGAAGAUCUAUCGACGAAGGGAAAUUGUGGGCUAUUCGGUUAUUAUCGGUGGCAUGUUUGUCAAUAGCAGCGAAGAUGGAGGAGUGUAAAGUGCCAGCCUUAUCAGAGUUUUGUGUGGAAGAUUAUUGUUUUGAAAAUAAGGUUAUACAGAGAAUGGAAUUGUUGGUAUUGAAUACAUUGGAAUGGAGAAUGAAUUCAAUCACUCCCUUUACUUAUCUACAUUACUUCAUCAAGAAAGAAUGUGGUGAAUCUAAACAAAAAGAAAUAGUUUCUAGAGCUGUGGAGUUUAUUGUGGCAAUGAUUAAAGAGAUUGAUUUGCUUGAUCAUCGACCAUCUAUUAUCGCGGCAGCUGCAGCAUUAGCUGCAUCCAAUAGUCAAUUAACGAUAAAGGAAUUGGAGCUGAAAACGAAUAUGAUUUCAUCGUGGGGUUCUCUAGAAAAUGGCCCAAACUAUCAUCAUGACAUUAGAGACCUCUGUUUUGGGGUGGUGGAUGGGGGAGAUUUGGGGCCUGAGAUUCAUGGCAAAAUGGUGUCAGAGGCUCCACCCUUCCACAUGCCUCCAUGGGGUCCUAGGAUAAGUCUGGCAUUGGGACAGUUCAAAGUUGGAGUACAGAUAGGCUCUACUGUAACUCAUGUCUCAACGUUCACUGGACCACCUCAGAGGCCGUUCGCUUCUUCUGAUGUAUUCUUGCCAAGAAUUCUGAAGCGCAGAAUAGGAAGACAGGCGGAUGUUUGGUCUUGUACAUGUGAUUGUGUUCUGUAG